GAAUAUUACAGGUCAAAUAAAGAGGCUAUAGAGUCAAAGACUAGAAAAGCAGUAGGCAGAGAAAAACAACCAGAUGCUAUCAUCAAUAAGGUUCAAGAAGAAAUGAAUAACCUUUACCUCCUUUACACUGAUCUCAUCUGGAUAGUUGUAUUUAACAAAGAUGUGUUUGACAUUUAUAACAUAAAUUGUAUGCUUGGAUUUCAAAUUGUUGGUAAAUUUCCAAUAGUAACUUUUUGUUCAGAUUACACAUCACUGAAUAAUUAUUCUGUACUUUAG